AUGGCAAAUUCUAGUAAGAUGAUGAUCCGAUUUGGCCAACUCAAGCGCAAGCUUUUCCCUCCUUUUUCUCCUCCUCCAAUGUAUCCAAGCCUCCGAAACAAGAGAGCAUCUCAAUUCCAACUGCAAUCCCCUCCCAUCUCUUUGCCUUCUUUCUUUCCACACCACUUCUCUUCCUUCCCACAUGGCCUAACCGCCAGGCCACACCUCUUCUCUCCCCCCUCCUCCAUCCCUCGGUGGGUUCACGAUACGUUCAUCAGUUAUAAACAGGCCGACACGCGCAACUUCGUGAGCCAUCUCCGCGACUCUCUCGAGCGGAACAAGAUAAGGGCCUUUGUCGACCACAGUCUAGAAAGAGGACUAGAGAUCGUACCAGCAAUCAACGUAGCGAUUGAGCGGUCGAGGAGCGCCAUCGUGGUCAUCUCUCAGAACUACGCCUCCUCGCCGUGGUGCUUAGACGAGCUGGAUAAGAUCCUCGAGUGCAAGGAAAAGAACGGCCAGCUGGUGUUCCUCAUUUUCAUGGACGUCGACCCUAGAGAGAUGCGCGAGCAGGCUGGACCAUUCACCCAGAUUGGCCAAGGCGAGAAGGGUUUUGCGCAGGAGAACGCCGACAAGGUCCAGAGGUGGAGAGAGGCUCUCCGCAAAGCCGGCAAUCUCACCGGUUGGCCUCUCGGAAACAGACUUGAAGCUGAAUUCAUCCAAUCUGUUGUGGAGAAAAUCUCAAGAAGACUAAGCGGCUUAUACACAAACCUGCUUGCUUUCAAUCCAGUUGGAUUAGAUUCUCAGUUACAAGCCUUGUACUCUUUACUCCAAUUAGAGGUUGGGGAGGUCCGAAUCGUGGGAAUUUCCGGCACUAGUGGAAUAGGAAAGACUACACUUGCGAGAGCUUUGUACCAUCGAAUUGCAGAUCAAUUUGAUCGGAGUUGUUUUCUAGCGAACGUGAAGGAUAUAUCAAGCCAAGAUGGCCUCGUCAAAAUGCAGGAGACCCUUUUUGGUGACGUUCUCAACGAUGGAGUUUUACAGUUUAGUGAUGAUAUUUAUGCAGUAAUAAACUUCAUGAGGAGUAAGCUUCAAAGCAAGAGGGUUUUGUUGGUAAUUGAUGAUGUUGAAGGGUUGUUGGAGCCUCUGAGCCACAUGAUCAAGGCAAUGAACUUAGGCUUGGGAAGUAGAGUCAUUUUGAUCCCUCGACAUGAAGAAAACUUAAUAGGUCUAUGCGGGGAUAUCUAUAAGGUAAGAGCGUUGAAUGAUGAUCAAGCUCUCGAGCUUUUUAGUUGGAAUGCAUUCAAGGAAAGAUAUCCCAAAAGUGAUUAUAAGAUGCUCUCUAAUUGCUUUACCAGUUUUUCCAAAGGGCUUCCUUUGGUACUCACUGUGAUAGGUUCUUUCUUGAACGGCAAAACCGUCAAAGAAUGGCAAGGAACUUUUGAUCGACUGAAAGAAAUCCCUCGGGGAAAAGUUCAUGAAAUAACGAGGAUUGUUAUUGAUGGCUUAGAGGCCAAUGAGAGGACGGUUUUUCUCGACAUCGCAUGUUUUCUUAAUGGAUAUGAUAAAGAAGAGAUCAUCAAGUCCCUAGACCAAUGCGGUGUCCAUGCCAAUAGUGGGAUUGAGAUUCUAGCUCAAAAGUUGCUCAUAUAUAGCGAUGAAAAGAACAAAAUAUGGAUGCAUGAUUUGUUUGAAGAAAUGGGUAGAAGAAUCGUGAUUGAAGAGUGCCCUCAAAAUCCUAGCAAGCGAAGCAGAAUAUGGCGUCAUGAGGAUGCUCUACAAGUGUUUAGGCAAAAUUCGGGAGCAGAUGCCAUUGAAGGCAUUAAACUAGACAAGGUUGACGUAGAGGACUUGAUCAUGAAUGCAGACUCAUUCAAAAAGAUGAAGAAGCUCAGGCUAUUCAUGAUGGCUGAUCAUGUCCUUCACUGUGGACCGGCGGGACAUCUAUCAGAAAACUUGUGGAGGUGUUUCGUACGGAACAACAUUAUCAUGUUCACGUGUUGGGAGGCGCUGGUGAAGCAAGUUUCCAAGUUCUGGUCUCGCGGAGCCUGA